GGGAGCUCAGUCGCCGCGCGGCAACCGCGCAGAUCGGUUGUAAGUUGGAUCCACGUCACUUUGUCUGGCGGCAGGAUAAUGCCUCGCAAUAGAGAAAAGAAAUAUUUAAUGCGUGUGAUUGACUUGUACAGAGACAUGCCUUACUUGUGGCAGAAAGACAAUAAACUUUAUUCGAACAAAGUAAUGAAAGCAGAAGGCUACAGAGUCUUACUAGAAGUGUACAAACAAUUUGACAAAAACGCAGACAUAACAAAAAUAAGAAAGAAACUUGAAAAUCUGCGUACAACUUACGUAAAAGAGUUGAAAAAGGUUAGGGCAUCAAAGCAAAAAGCUGCAGGAAAGCAAGAGGUGUACGUACCAACCCUGUGGUAUUACGAUAGACUAAGUUUCCUGGAGAGUACGGUAGACCGUUUUCGUACAGAAACGGAUCCUUCUGAAAAUGAUAAUUCAUCGGUGGACGAAGAAACUGAAAGUGUUGCCAAUUCUACCUAUAAACCGGAAAAUAUUUUGUUACCGGUAGAAACAUGUAUGGCUCAAAUAGACAAAGAAUUUGGGGCAUACGGACAAUCUAUUGGUUUUCAAAUGAAAGAUUUGAAUAAACGACAGUUGACGAUCGCACAAAAAAUGAUAUCAGACGUUCUGUUUUACGCUCACUAUGACCAACUUUCUGAAUCGUCUUACGUCGUGCAGAGACCUCCAAACGAAUCUGGAGCUAGCCACAGUAGAUAUAACCAGCGCCAAAAGAAUAUUUAUUCGAUGCCUAUUAAAUCUUCGCCGCAAUCACAUUAUUCAUCACCUUCACCGUCGCACCAAACCCAAUCACCUUAGCGUUCGUCGCCACACUAUACGUCGUGGCGUCGUUCAUUCCAACCAUGAUUCAUCAAAUGCAAACUCAGUGUUACCUUCCACUUCGCCUUCCAUUUGAAAAAUAAGGUUCAUCAUCAUUCUCUCCCUAGCGUUAUCCCGGUUUUCACUUACCUAACCUGAAGUGACUGUCCGUCUGACCGCGAAGGGAAAACCAGCGCAAAUCAGGUUAGGUCACAUACCCCACGACGUUGAAAAAAUAAGGUUAUGAAGAAUUAUUAAUAAUAAAAUUAAUGAAUGAAUAA